AUGCCAUCCGAAAAAAAUGGAGAAACGGAAAAACCUGGGGAAGCUGACGGAAAGCUUGACGGAUCUCAAGAAGGCGUCGCGAAGCUAAACGGCCCAGCAUUUUCCGAUCGGCAAAAAACAACAAAUUCUGAGCUCAACCAGCUUGAAGAGUGCUCGACGACAGUUGAGUUCGCCUCUCCUCCAAGCGACAUCGACGAGUAUGUGGAUGCUUUCCACGACGGUGAGGAGGUGAGGUUUCGCAGGAUGGACAACCUCGUUGGGAACACGGUUGUACCAGGCUUGACAAACCGAUUACUCGACGAUCAGGAGCUGCUCUUCGUCAGCGCAGAGGAGCCAUCGACUUUCGCGCAGGCCGAGCGCGAUGUCAGUUGGAGACGAGCUAUGCUAGAGGAGAUGAAGGCGAUCGAGGAAAAUGAGACGUGGGAGCUCGUCGAUCCACCUCCAGGUUGUCAUCCAAUCGGGCUCAAAUGGGUCUACAAGGUCAAGCGGGACGAGUGUGGCGCCAUAGUCAAGUACAAGGCGCGCCUCGUUGCUCGUGGUUUCGUCCAGCGUGAGGGCAUCGACUUUGAGGAAGUUUUUGCACCAGUGGCGCGCAUGGAGUCAGUUCGCCUACUGUUGGCCAUGGCGCGCGAGAUGGCAGCUCGUUUCCGCAUGAGCGAUCUCGGGCAGCUCUCCUACUACCUCGGCAUCGAGGUGAAGCAGGGGAGAGACUCCAUCACUCUCUGUCAGCGUGCGUAUGCGGGGAAGCUGUUGGAGCGAAGCGGCAUGGCUGACUGCAAGUCAUGCGCGACUCCGAUGGAGGAGCGGCUGAAGCUGACGAAAGCCAGCACCGCAGCGAAGGUGGAUGCAACACUCUACCGUAGUAUCGUCGACGGGCUGCGCUACCUAGUCCACACGAGGCCAGAUAUCGCAUUCGCCGUGGGCUAUGUCAGCCGCUUUAUGGAGGACCCUCGAGAGGACCAUUGGGCUGCAGUAAAACGGCUGUUGCGCUAUGUCAAGGGGACGGUGGAUCAUGGCAUCAUUUUCCCCAAGACCGGCGACGGAAGUGAGCUGCGGCUCACGGUUUUCAGCGAUGCAGACAUGGCAGGCGACAUUGAUGGGCGGAAGAGCACCUCCGCCACAGCGGCAUGCCAGGCAGUCUGUCUGCGUCGGUUGCUGGGCGAACUGACCGGCAAGGAAGCUCGUCCACCAGCUCUGAUGGUGGACAACCUGCCUGCCAUUGCCCUUGCAAAAAAUCCAGUCCUCCAUGACCGGAGCAAGCACAUCGAUACCCGUUUUCAUUUCAUCCGUGAUUGUAUCGAUGAAGGACAUAUUGUUUUAGAGUUUGUCGAAUCCGGACGGCAGCUCGCAGACAUCCUUACCAAGCCACUCGGCCGUCUUCGAUUCAUGGAGCUGAGGAUCAAGAUUGGAAUGGUGGGAAACAAGCAAGAGCAGCAGGAUUAG